UAAUUACUUUUUUAACUCUUAAAGCACCAAAUAGUCUUUUUCCCCUUAUCUUGACUACUGUUAUGAUUAAUUUGGAAGAUGUUAAUGGUACGGAAAUAUUGCAAGCGUGUCGCUGCUGCCUGCUACGACCGCCGGACAAGGGUCUUAAAACUCUCUACACACAUCUCGGCAGAACUGAGAUGUAUUCUGAAAUGCUCACCUAUUGCUUCGAUGUAGAUCUUACCCUGGGUAAUGAUGACUGCGGCAUCUGUGAUAUGUGUGUGUGCCGUCUCCGAAAUGCCACUGACUUUAAGCAGCAAGUGAAGCGCAGCGAGAAAGAGCUUCGGGUUUGCAUGGAAAAAGUUAUGCUAAGAAAAAAAGAAGAAACCCCAGUCAAGCUGAAGGUGUCUGAUGACAGAGGCGGUGUUGGGGACUUGCCAUCACUGCUUUCAGAUCGCUUGACAGCUAAUUCUGACGUCGCCAGCACCAAACAUGCAUGCCACAUCUGCCAACAAACCUUUAAUCAAGAAACUAACCUCGAAAAUCACAUGCGAAACCAUGAAACUGAGCCUAAGACUGAAACAAAAGACUGUAUACCCCAAGGCAAUGUUGGUGACAAACAGUUCUCAUGCGAUAUAUGUAAAAAAGAGUUUAAACAAAAAGGAUAUCUAAACACUCAUCUAAAAUCUCACACAGAAAAUUAUCGAUAUUCCUGUGAAAUAUGCAGUAAAAAUUUUAGAUUAAAAUCGCGCUACAACACACAUAAAGUCACCCACACAGGUGAAAAACGUUAUAAAUGCGAUAUAUGUAAUAGGCGAUAUACACAAAAAUGUACGUUAAACGCUCAUUUGAAAUACCAUACAGGAGACUAUCGGUUCUCAUGUGAAGUGUGCGGUAAAAGAUUUACGCAAAAAGCUUAUUUAAUCAAACAUAUGCGUAUUCAUACAGGUGACAAACCUUAUAGUUGUAAUGUCUGCCCGAAAAAGUUUUCACAAGAAGGUAACUUGAAGACGCACUCACUUAUACAUACAAGUAACACUUCGUAUACCUGUGAUAUAUGUCAUAAAGAAUUGAAGCUGAAAUCGACUUUGAAGAAACAUUUACUGACCCAUUCCCGUAAUAAACUAUUCAGUUGCGAAAUAUGUGGCAAACAAUUUCUGCGUAAAAGCGAACUGUCUAGACAUAUGAAUGGACACAUGGGUGUUCAGCCUCAUUUCUGUGAUAUUUGCAACAAAGCUUUUACGCUAAAAAGUAAUUUAAAAGCUCAUCAGCUAACGCACACUGGUGACAAAUCUUUCUUAUGCGAAAUAUGUCACAAACCAUUUCGUACGAGAACUCAUCUGAAAAGUCACAUGUUAAUACACACUGGACAAAAAUCGCACGUUUGUCAAGUAUGUAAUAAGCAGUUUACGCAUAAGUCUGCUUUAAAUCUUCAUAGUAGACUUCACAGUGGAGUCAAACCAUACUCGUGCCAAGUCUGUAAGAAAGAAUUUAGAAUACUAUCUGGUUUAAAGCUACAUAGUCGUGUACAUACUGGUGAAAAACCGUUCGAGUGUAAAACAUGUAAUAAAACAUUUGCACAUCCGUCAAGCUUUAGAAAACAUAAACGUAUACAUAAAGAGAAAUCUUAUACUUGGUGAUAUUAGAAUAAAAAUUAAUGCUUAUACUCGUUAUUUGGGAGACCAAGAUGGUCGUCACCUUUUGUCGAAAUAAUGCUAAGCGUUAUUGGAGCUGACUUCAUAUCUAAAAUAUGCUAUUAGACUAAAAAUCAAAAUAAACAGAUUUUUUAUGAAAGUCGAAACUUAAUGUUGACUUUAAGGUACAUGUUAUGCAGGCUGUACAUAUUUACUUAAAAUAUACAGAUAAUGGGCUUAUUUUAAGCUUA